UAUCGAUGUGUGUCCACAUGUUUCCAUGGUUACCAAGGGUCUCCAAACACAACAGGAGCAGAUUUUCAUUCACUGAUAUUGACUGAAAGAAACUGAGCAGAUUUAUAACGUCAGCGGAAGUCACUACAAACUUUGAACAUGUACAAAGUGGAUUUGCCUGUAGACGAGUCCACGGAAAAGGCUGUGGAGAGGCGUAGGGCUGCAGAAACAGCACGCAAGGCCCGCAUUUUCAACACCCGGCUUCGUGUGAUGGGUCUCGACCUAGAUACACUAAACCAACAAGUCCAGGAGAAGAAACACCAGCAAAACAUGGAGAAACAAAGGGACAAAGCUUUGGAUAAGUUGAGAAUAUACCAAGAUGAAGCACUGGUGCAGCAGAACAAUGCUGAAAAGCAGAAGCGAAGAGUUUUGAAUUCUGAACUCACCAACUACUGGGCUACUCAUCAGCAAGCAGAGGACUCUCGUGAUGUUGAUCUUAAAUUUGGCCUGAAGGGGGCAUUCAAGAUUGCCAUUCCAGAGAAUGAGCUAGGGCCUGCCAGUAUGCAAAUCUUUAAGGGAGAGGGUGUCGGAGAGGAGCUGAGGAUGAGAGAACAAAUAAGAAAGACAGAACGAGAUCUGCGAGCACAGAUGGAUGAGAAUGAAAAAAGGCACAUGCGAGACAAGCACAUAGAGAUGCUUGUGAGCAAAGAGCUGGUGCAACAAGAUGUGAGAGGGGCUCAGCAAGCUGCCCUCGAGGAGGUGUGUAAGAGAGCUACCCGCAUCGCGCUCAACAACUACAAUCAGGCUCUGGCUAAAGAGCAAGCAGAGAAACUGAAGGAGCAACACAAGAGAGAGGAACAGGAAAAUCUGGCAGAGAUGUGGCAUACAAUGACAUCUGACAUGAUGACAGAGUGUGCAGAGGCAACAGAGAGACAGGUGGGAGGAGGGAGGCCACCACAGGUUCUACCAGACAGGUGGAAAGGAAUGAGCCCUGAACAGCUGAAAAGCAUUCAGCAGGAGAAAGAACAACAAUGCCUUGAGAGACAGAAACAGCGAGAUGCUGAAAAGAUUCGGGAUGCAGCUUGGGACCUGAAGCUGCUGAAGCUGUCCAGAGAAGCCGAGAAGGAGGAUCUGAGAGCAGCCGAGCUGAGUAGAGAGCAGAGAAUUCAGAUGGACCGCUACAACAUGCAGCUGGCCCGAGAACAGCUGGCACAGCAAGAGUACCUGAAUAAGAGACUGUACACCAACAAACCCACCAAGGACUACUUUUAUCAAUUCAACACCAGCUCCCGCUGACUGCCAGUGACCUGACAUUAGCUUGUCCUCCUGUGGCAUUGGGCUAAAUAAACUUGGUUAAUCAAUGAAUCAGUGUGAACUGGAUCAACAUUAAUCAUAACUUAAGUGACAGAGAUUUCCUUCCGAUUAACACGGUUAUUUCUGAUUAGUGACAAAAAAUGGGAGCCUCUUUUGGUACAGAUUGUUCCACGUACUUUAUUUUUCAGUCAUAUAUCCAGUUACAGCAGUAGCUUCAUAAUGCAGUUACAAUAUUGGCCCCAAAAGUGGUACAAGACCCACAGCUCCAGUCAUCCACCCAUGACAAAUAUAGGCAUCGUCAUAUUGUGCUAAUACUGCACCCCACACUCUGCGAAGUGGCAUAUCAUCCCCAGCAGCGGCGCACACCCCCUGGCCUCCCUUGCCCCUUCUGUUUCAUCUACUUCCACUUAAAUGUCCUAGAGAAGCUUCUCUACACAAACGAAUUCAUUUUCAGUCAAUUUUUCUUCUUUAGCUAUAUAAAAAAAGAAAAAACAACCACAGUGAGAAAGCAAAGGCCAGCAUCCCCAGGUUUCCCCUACAAAACAUGAAAAGCAAAGAGUGAGCGGCAGUCGAGUGAGUAUCUGUGUGUGUACACUCAUUCCUCAUUCAGAGCUAACAUUUGCCCCCAAACACUGACACACAGUUGUUUAGCAGCAGAUAGUUGAGUUAGAAUAUUGGCAUAUCUUGCGUCAUUCAUCGCUCCUGUAUGAAAAUAGAUUUUUUUUAAAAGCUUUAUUUGUCCUGAGUGUGUCUGUUUAACCAACAACAGGGAGCUUACACAAACCUCCUUCAGUGCCACUAGCCUCUUUAGACAUCUCAUAUUCUACCUCGGAGACUACAGUUGAUGUUUGGCCAGUGGCGAGCUUUUGUUUGAGAAGGGAGAGUGUUGCGUUUAAGUGUUCCCUGUGGCUCACUGCAUUUCUGCCCCGCACAACUUCAUCAGACAAAAACUCCACAGAUAUUCACUGCACUGCAUUGCUGGAUGAUUAAGGGCAUGAGCGCAAUCCUAGCUUAAAUUGUAAUGUAACUACUUUCACUAAG